AGCCUGCUCAGGAUAUAAGGACAAGCAAAACCUCUCCUGGUUAAACUUAGUGUUUGUACUGAUCAUGUGGAUGGGACUAACCCUGGGCUGGAGCUAUAUUACCCUUGUCCUGAGCAUGUAUACAGGGGUCUUAUACACUGGCUUCCUCUGCUUGAAUGCAGCUACAAUACCCCCACCGAAUGUGGACGUUUGUUCCACCUGUCACGUUAAUGCUUCCUGCACAACCAAGGAUGGAAUGAAAGCCUGCACCUGUAACUAUGGAUUCUAUGGAAAUGGAAGGAGCUUCUGCACAGAUAAAGAUGAAUGCCAAAUGGGUUCUAUAAAGAUCUGUGGGAACUAUACAACUUGUUACAAUACAUAUGGCAGUUAUUACUGUACAUGCAAUGAAGGAUACAGACCAUCCAACAAAAUGGAGUCAUUCAUUCCGAAUGAUGGAACUCACUGUACAAUUGUUGAUUGUGGAUCACCACCAUCUUUACUGAACACACUGUUUCAUCAACCAGUCAACACAACCUACAGAAGCAGAGUUGUAUACCAGUGCCAGGUUGGCUAUGUGCAUGUGACAGGAAAUGACACAUCAGUCUGCUCUGCCCAGGGACAAUGGGAAGGAGCAAACCUGGAAUGUGAAGCUGUUGACUGUGGAUCACCACCAACUUUAUUAAAUACAGUGUCAUAUCCGCCAGUCAACACAACCUAUGGAAGUACAGUUAAAUACCAGUGCCAGGAUGGCUAUGUCCCUGUUAGAGAAAAUGAGACAUUAAUCUGCUCUGCACACGGACAGUGGGAAGGAGCAAAGCUGGAAUGUAAAGCUCUGGACUGUGGAUCACCACUAAGUUUACUGAACGCAAGGCCACGUCAACCAGUCAACACAACGUAUGGAAGUACAGUCGUGUACCACUGCCGGGUCGGCUAUGUCCCUGUGAGUGGAAAUGUUACAUCAGUCUGCUCUGCCCAGGGGCAGUGGGAAAGAGCGAACCUGGAAUGUGAAGCUGUUGAUUGUGGAUCACCACCAUCUUUACUGAACACAUUGUCCCGUCGACCAGUCAACACAACUUAUGGAAGUACAGUUGUGUACCAGUGCCAGGCUGGCUAUGUGCAUAUGAGAGGAAAUGACACAUUAAUCUGCUCUUCCCAGGGACAGUGGGAAGGAAUAAACUUGGAAUGUGAAGCUGUUGAUUGUGGAUCACCACCAUCUUUACUGAACACACUGUCCCAUCGACCAGUCAACACAAUCUAUGGAAGUACAGUUGUAUACCAGUGCCAGGAUGGUUAUGUCCCUGUGAGAGGAAAUGGCACAUCAGUCUGCUCUGCCCAGGGACAGUGGAAAGGAGCAAACCUGGAAUGUGAAGCUGUUGAUUGUGGAUCACCACCAUCUUUACUGAACACACUGUCCCGGCGACCAGUCAACACAACCUAUGGAAGUACAGUUGUAUACCAGUGCCAGGUUGGUUAUGUCCGUGUGAGAGGAAAUGGGACAUCAGUCUGCUCUGCCCAGGGACAGUGGGAAGGAGCAAACCUGGAAUGUGAAGCUGUUGAUUGUGGAUCACCACCAUCUUUACUGAACACACUGUCCCGGCGACCAGUCAACACAACCUAUGGAAGUACAGUUGUGUACCAGUGCCAGGUUGGCUAUGUCCCUGUGAGAGGAAAUGGGACAUCAGUCUGCUCUGCCCAGGGACAGUGGGAAGGAGCAACCCUGGAAUGUGAAGCUGUUGAUUGUGGAUCACCACCAUCUUUACUGAACACACUGUUCUGUCGACUAGUCAACACAACCUAUGGAAGUACAGUUGUAUACCAGUGCCAGGUUGGCUAUGUGCACAUGAGAGGAAAUGACACAUCAGUCUGCUCUGCCCAGGGACAGUGGAAAGGAGCAAACCUGGAAUGUGAAGCUGUUGAUUGUGGAUCAUCACCAUCUUUACUAAACACACUGUCCCAUCGACCAGUUAACACAACCUAUGGAAGUACAGUUGUGUACCAGUGCCAGGAUGGUUAUGUCCCUGUGAGAGGAAAUGGCACAUCAGUCUGCUCUGCCCAGGGACAGUGGGAAGGAGCAAACCUGGAAUGUGAAGCUGUUGACUGUGGUUCACCGCAAGGUUUUGUGAAUACAGUGUCCUACCCACCAGUCAACACAACCUAUGGUCAUACAGUGAUGUACCAGUGCCAGGUUGGCUAUUUUCAUGUGAGAGGAAACAAUGCAUCAGUCUGUUCUGUCCAGGGGCAGUGGGAAGGAGCAAACCUGGAAUGUGAAGCUGUUGACUGUGGAUCACCACCAGCUUUACUGAAUGCAUUGUCCUAUCCAAAAGUUAAUACAACCUAUGGAAGUACAGUCGUCUACCAGUGCCAGGUUGGCUAUGUCCCGGUGAGAGGAAAUGACACAUCAGUCUGCUCUGCCCAGGGACAGUGGGAAGGGGCAAACCUGGAAUGUGAAGCUGUAGAUUGUGGGAUCCCAACUCACGUAACAAAUGCACAACCACCAUUAGUGAGAGGAACAGUGUAUAGAAGCAAAGUCCAGUAUGUUUGCAAGGCUGGUUAUAUAAGCGAAGGAGGAAAUGGCACAUUGAUGUGUUCUGCCCAAGGACAAUGGGAAGGAGCUAAUUUCACUUGUACAGAUUUAUCUUUUGCAGAUAUUGACUGUGGGAGCCCACCAGUUGUCCCACAUGCAGAUCUGCUCCAGUACCAUAGUACAAGACGUGGGAGCAUUGUCCACUAUAGCUGCAGGGAUGGAUUUUAUACUUUGUCAGGAAAGAAUACAUCUGUCUGCACAGAAAGAGGACAAUGGCAAGAUGUAACAUUGCUGUGCAAAGCUAGUGAUUUUAUACUGUUUAAUGAAUCCUGCUUGAAGUGGAGAAGGGACAGCACUGGAUCCAGAUCUGAGGACAUAUAUUUAUUUCAGAUACAAGGACAGAGAGCCUACCAAAGAGAAUUCUUUUCUGAGAGCUCAUUUAAUUAUAGCACAGCAGAUGACACCCCAGUUGUGUGUUUGGACCUGCAACCAGGCACUAACUAUACAGUGAACGUCACUGCUCUAUCACUGCAGCAUUCUGCUUCCAUACAAUUAUCAACAGCAGUCACUGACCCUCCAGUGCCUGAUGUACAGGUUAUGAUUGCAGAGCAAACCCUUCCACCAAUCCGCCUCCGACGGGUGGAAAAUAAAAAUGGACCAAUCAGCUUUUAUCAGGUCGUUGUUCUGCCCUUGCAUCUGCAGCACUCAUUCAAUUGCAAUUCCCAAACCAUGAGAAACUUCUUUGGCCACAGAAAGGGCAGAGAACCAUACGUCACUGCAGAAUUUGUGGCAACAGAUGUUGAGGAUGGGAUGCAGUUUUCUGUGGGAGACCGACUGUACUACAGAGAGUAUUAUAACGCAGCUUUAGAAAAUGGCAAGAACUACCACUUCCUGCUGAAAACAAUCAGUGAAUGGAAUUACGUGAAGAAACAGUCGUGUGUGACUUUGGCACAGUUAAAAGCCAUGGCCAUGGGAUUCUUCUAUGCCCACCUGUGGGAGCAGACAAGGUUGUUUCUCAUUUGAAGGAUGGCACCUCCAACAGUGCAGCACUCUCUCUCAACCACACACUUGGAGUGUUAUCCUUGGAUUCUGUGCUCAACUGUCAGGAGUGGAUGUUAAAUUAAUGACCUUCUGAAUGAUACACAAGUGCUAUAUAGCUGACCCAUAAGAAAAUUGUCAUGUCUUUCAACAAUAGCAACCAUUUUGAGCAGUGGCUUCUAUAAAAAUUACUGGCAGGCUGUUCACCGUAUCACUGUGUAAGGUUUGUUUUUUUAUGGUCUGAUCUUCUUACUUCAUGCGACUCAUUUUACACUAAUAAUGAGAUGUGGUUUACCAUAAGAUGUGAUUUAUUAUGGUUGAAAUGCGGGAUAAAUAUAUAUACCACGUUACAAAACUAGUUUUAUUCUCUAAUAUCCCAAGUACCCUUGUAGAUGGAAACUGCCAUUACAAUAUUAAUAUGCUCACAAAAUCAUUUCUAAUUAUUUUAAAAAUACAUGAAAAGGAAGAAUAGUUUCUAGGAUUAACAAAAAGCAAAACACUGUGGAUGCUGAAAUUCUUUAAUAUUUAUGCCCAGACAUUAGUUUAAAAUCUGCUUUGGGGGUGCAAGAUGUUAAAAAGUAUACACUACCCCGAUUACAGCUGGUUGAACUGGAGGUUACACUUCUUGCUCCCAAAGUUCCUGCUUCUUGGUCCUGAUUUCUCUGGCGUGUGUGAGAGGUCCCUCUGAUUUGAGUGGCUUCUUUUAACUAGUUAUCUGGGUAUUUUCUGAGUCCAGUGGCUUAGCAGUAGUUUGAUGUAACAAUAUAUUUAACAUAAUUUAAAUUGAGUUUCUAUCUGAGGAAAGGUGUUGCAAAAGACAGUAUUGGAUAUUGCAAUUUUCCCUAUUGAUUGAGCUGACCCUAUGAGUCGAGCUGUCUCAAAAACAGUUCUACUGAAACUCCGGUCUAUUGCUCCACCUGAAACUUUGCUGCAUCAUCUCUUCAAUAACCCUUUCGCUGGUCAGUGAUUGGCUUGCAUAACUGCCCAGCUUUCUUCAAUUUGACAAUGAAUGCUGCAAGCUUCCUAGCUUAAUAUCACUGUUCCAUUGUCUCAUUAACACCUACGCAGUGCAAUAUAAUCAACCAAGGUAACAAGUUUGCAUACAUGACCACCUGGCCUGAUCCAAUUCCCAGCAACUGUUCAGUUAGACUGUUUUCCCAGCAUGCCAUUCAAUUGGCUAGUAUUGCUUUCAGUGUCCCAAAUGAGCUGUUAUUUUAUUUAGAAGGAUAUUCCACUACCAACAACUGUCCACGACCAAGAUGAUUAGACUGAGUUAAUUUCUGCCCCCACGUCGAUCUCCGCCCUCACGCUUAACUCCACCCCCACUCCCAGCUCCAGCCCCACACCAGGUCCUAGC